CCGCGACUCCUAAUUAUCACGGUAAUGCCCAUUGAUAUGAAAUUUCGCGCAAUCAGUUGUCAAUUUGUUGUCGCAUUGCAUUGUGAGCUGGUCUAGUCUGGUAGGUGAGCGAGCGCUCAGGCUCCAGUCGCCUGUGGCGGCUGCAUGAGCAACUGUCCAUGUCCCCGCUUUUGGCAGCUUGGGCUUGGCACCUAUUACUGCACUUGCACUAUCACUUAUCAGAGAACGACGUCUCUACGCAUAGGACAAGAACGAGGUUGUCGCAACCAUCGGAUCGGCACGAUAACUUAUCGUUGCACGAUUUGUAUCAUGUAAUAAGGCUACCAAUUCUAGGGGUUCUGCCUUGCGCCCAAGGCAGCCUUGACAGGACAGAGCCAUCGUACAGACCCUCAAGAUCUCGUGAUCAUGAACAGUUAGGACAAAGUUGUGCUCGGGGCGUGCAUCAGUGCCUCGUCAUUCAGCACUGGGAUGUGAUUAAUACAGAGAUAAUGGCCAGACUGACCACGUCCGAGUACGCGUGGACUUGUCAAGUAUUACAGCCCGCUGGGAGGAGAAAUUCACUCAAAGCCAGAGGUCGCGCUGGGUCGUGCUGAGUGCACCGGAGUGCAUCAUUUCCUCGUGCUAAUUAAUUAGAAGCUGUUUGAGCGCAGAGGGCAGGGCGCACAGGGCGCAGCGUACCAUACACACAUGCAUCAUACCUGUCGUGCAAGCAACAACAAGUACCAAUAACUCGGGGUUUCGGCCUCGACAUGGCAAUGCAGUUCUUCCGAAUUGCUUCUGGUCUGC